AUGUAUCCCCGACGACCGAGUACCUCAGGCGUCUACCAGCCUGCCAGCAACAAGAAGCCUUUUCGCGAUGCUCUCAGACCCCGGACAACUCGUCCUCGCUUGCCUGGCUCCUGGUCAGCAGCUGUCAAGGAUGCGGCUGGUCGUCUACCCAACAGACCUGCAUCGUCCUCAAGCUUUGCCAGCAUGCAGAGCACGCGCCCAUCAACUCGCAGCGGACUGAUGCUGGAGCUGUGGGAUGAGUUCGAAGAGCAAGUACUAGGGACCGUAUCACAUGCUAGAGCCAACAGGCUUCACACGGUAGAGGAUGUCAAGGUGGUCAUCGAGGGUGACGGUGGCGACUCUAGUGAAGAGGAAGGAGAGCAUUGGUGGGAGGAGGACGUGGAAGCUUGCUGUGAAGGCCUGAGAGCAGAACGUCAAAGUUUGAAGACGAGCAGUCAUGUGUUUGCAAGGGUGCGUCUCCGGUGGAUCACCAUCCCUUUCAAGAAUGCAGACUUUGUGUGGGAUGCUGACAGGCUGCUGGACUGGAGCUCGUUGAAGAAGCUCGACCUCACCCACAUGAUCGUGCAUGGAUACAAGGAGACAGCUGCAUCCAGAGGAUGGUUGGGUUUGAACGUUUUUCAGUGCGGGGCAGGAGCAACAGGCGAGGAGGACGUUUGUGUCUGUCAUCCGUACUCGUCAAGAUUGUUUGAGGAGAUGCUACAAGAUGAGGAAAGUUUACGAUCUAUCAUGAGUCAAGAGGACGCAGCGGGGCCGGGCAAGCGAUCGUUGCAAGAGUGCCUGGAGCGGUUGUCGGGGAUUGCAGACAGGCUGCUGGACACGUGCAUAGAGCUGGCCCUGAGUGGAAAACGACUCAGCGAGGCGUUUGACCUGUGUGUCUUGACAUGCGUGAAGCUCUCCUGCAACCUCGCCAGCUGGAGGCAGAGGCUCCUCAACGCCCACAAGUCGCUCGUGCUGGACGAGAUGACCCGACCUCUCCGCCUGGUCGACAUGGGCCACCUGUCCCCCAGCAGCGUCUACUCGAUCGCCGUCUUCUAUUGCCUGUCAUGCUUCUACUCGAGGGAGGGAGACUUCUUCAGAGCGCACGUGGCGACGGAUCGAUGCAUACUGGCAUGCAGAGAGUCGAGCGACGACAACGGGUUGGAGGACAUGAAGCUGGAUCAGAAGGCGACGUACAUGCUGAAGGAGGGGCGAGGGCUGCUUGGGCUGAAGGGAAGUCAGGAGAGUGUCAAGGCAGCAGGCAAGUAG